AUGUUAUUAAAUCAACGAAUUAGUUCACUUAUUUGUUCAAUAUUUUCAAUGAAUUAUGAUGGAAAUAAAAAUGGAAUUCGAAUUAAUGAAACAGAUUUAUCUUUAAAUAAACUUCAAUUAAUAUUGUCAUCAAUUGUUUCAAAUUCAUCUCUUUCUGCUUCUAUACAACAAAUUCAUAUUGAUGGAUCAAAAUCAAGUUUUUUUUUUUAA